GGCUUUGAAAAGCGGCGGGUGUAAGAUGGCGGCGGUGGAGGAGCUGCCGGACGAGAGCUCUUCAGCAAAGGCUCUCGUCAGUUUGAAAGAAGGAAGUUUGUCUAGCACAUGGAAUGAGAAAUACAUUGCAUUAUCCAAGACUCCUCCACAUAAAGGAAGAAAUUCCUGCUCCAUUGUUGAGACUCCAACUCGAAGCUCCAAAAGGAGUCGUCUCUUCAGUGAGGACGAAGAGAGGCAAUUACAGAACAUGAAAUCUCCGAAAAGGAACCAGAGGAUUGCAAUGCAACCUCAGAAAUUCUCUGCUGGCAUGGGGACGCCGGACAAGAAGGCUGCCCAGAAGAUUGGAUUGCGUUUGCGUAACCUCCUAAAACUCCCCAAGGCACACAAGUGGUGUAUAUAUGAAUGGUUUUACUCGAACGUUGACAAGCCUCUUUUCGAGGGAGACAAUGACUUCUGUGUGUGCCUGAAGGAGUCAUUCCCCAACCUCAAAACCAGAAAGCUGACCAGAGUGGAAUGGGGGAAGAUUCGAAGGCUCAUGGGCAAACCCAGGCGCUGCUCGGCAGCGUUCUUUGCGGAGGAGCGAUCAGCCUUGCAACAGAAACGGCAUAAAAUCCGGCUUCUGCAACAGAGAAAAGUGACAGAGCUGUCCCCAUUCAAAGAUCUUCCCGAGGAGAUCCCGCUGCCUCUGGUGAUAGGCACAAAAGUAACUGCACGGCUCCGAGGUCUUCACGACGGUCUGUUUACUGGACAGAUCGAUGCUGUUGAUACCAUCAAUGCCACAUACAGAGUAACGUUUGACCGGAUGGGGCUGGGGACACAUACUGUACCUGACUAUGAAGUUCUCAGUAACGAGCCUCAUGAAACCAUGCCCAUCACUGCCUUUGCCCAGAAGCAACGACCUUCCAGAUAUUACUUAACGCCACCUCGGCUGCCUUACAUUAGCAGUGUUCAGUCUCCCAUCACGGAUAACGACCCUCUCCUGGGUCAGUCACCUUGGAAAAGCAAACUGUCGGGGACUGACAAAGACACUCUCGGGGGCUUUCCUAUUGAGUUCCUCAUCCAGGUGACGAGAUUGUCAAAAAUUCUCAUGAUCAAGAAAGAACACAUCAAACAGCUGAAGGAAAUGAACGCAGAAGCAGAGAAGCUGAAAUCCUACUCUGCCUCCAUCGGAAUUGACUUUCAGAAACGAUACGCGACCAUCGUGCUAGAGCUGGAGCAGCUGAACAAAGAUUUGAACAAAGUCCUUCAGAAAGUGCAACAGCACUGCCACGAGCUUGCCCCUGAGCAGGGUUUGCAGCCGAUGGAUCAGCCCACGGACAUGCGGCGGAGGUGUGAGGAGGAGGCUCAUGAGCUGGUUCGGCAAGCCAACACGACUCAAACAGGACAGGACAGCGUCCGGAGCGAGAGUCUCACAGACCUCGUGGCCAGGCUCACAGCAGUACUUCUCCAGAUCAAAUGUCUGUCAGAAGGAGGUGAUUUAAACUCUUUUGAGUUUAAGUCCUUGACGGAUUCUUUGAACGACAUCAAGAGUUCCAUAGACUCUUCCAACGUAAGUUGCUUUCAGAACAAUGUGGAGAUCCACGUGGCACACAUCCAAAGUGGCCUGAGCCAGAUGGGAAACCUUCACGCGUUUGCUGCCAACAAUACCAACCGGGACUAACCCAGUGGCCAAACCUGAACUGGUGCUGGCCAGGAGAACUGGUCUACCUAUUACCCCGCUCUUCUCUGUCUCGUUCUCCUCUCCCGUGUCUCCCCAUUUGUUUCUCUUC